UAGCAUUUAAAUGGAUGUCGCAUCUUGAACUCAAUGUGUAUAUGGAGCGGCUUAACGCCGAUACUAUUAAAAGCCAAUUCAGUAUUGCGGAUUGGGUUGACAUGUCGAGUUUUGCCGAGCUAGCAGUUGUUAGCGAAUUGUGCAACGAUAGCUAGCAAGAAACCAACAUGAAGCAGUGUUUUGGAAAACUCGUGUGCGAGUUCGUCGAACUACUACGUUAAUCCUACUCGAUCUUUAGUUUGAUAACGAGCUAACAGGGCCAGUCAACAAUAAUUAGACGAGGGUGCCGUCCAGUUUUUUUUUUUGGACCAACUUUCGUUAGCUAACGGUAAUGGCGAGCUGCUGUUGCUAACGUUUGCUAGGGUAGGCAAGGACCAAGCCAGCAAAGGACCCAGACAACGUUGCUUCACUUUCUAGUUGCAUGCGCGGUAUGUCUUGCGAUCUGGUUGUUUCAUGGGGCUUUUAAGGGUUAUGAUGCCGCCCAAGUUUCAGCUUUUGGCAAUUCUGGCAUUUGGACUGGCGACUAUCUUCAUUGAGAAUCAAAUUCAAAAAUUGGAGGAGUCAAGAGCCAAACUAGAGCAAACCAUCGCAAGGCAUGAGGUUGCUGAAGUAGAGCAGCGCCACAGUGAAGAUGGUGGCCGGGACUCCCCACCACUGGCUGAAGCAGAUGACAUGGUCAUCAUCUACAAUAGAGUGCCCAAGACGGCCAGCACCUCCUUCACUAACAUUGCCUAUGACUUGUGUGGGAAGAAUCGAUUCCACGUCCUACACAUCAAUACGACCAAAAACAACCCUGUCAUGUCUUUACAGGACCAGGUGCGGUUUGUCAGGAACGUCACCUCCUGGAGAGAGAUGAAGCCUGGCUUCUACCACGGCCAUGUAGCUUAUCUGGACUUCUCAAAGUAUGGGGUGAAAGGCAAGCCAAUGUAUAUAAAUGUGGUCCGGGACCCUAUAGAGCGUCUAGUGUCAUACUACUACUUCCUGCGUUUUGGAGACGACUACAGACCUGGCUUGCGACGACGGAAACAGGGGGACAAAAAGACCUUUGAUGAAUGUGUAUCGUCGGGGGGUUCUGAUUGUGCUCCUGAGAAGCUCUGGCUUCAGAUUCCCUUCUUCUGCGGCCACCAUUCAGAGUGCUGGAACACAGGCAGUCGAUGGGCCUUGGAGCAGGCCAAGUAUAACCUGGUGAAUGAAUACCUGUUGGUUGGCAUAACUGAGGAGCUUGAGGACUUCAUCAUGAUCCUUGAGGCAGCACUUCCACGAUUCUUCAAAGGUGCCACAGAGCUCUACAGAACAGGAAAGAGGUCCCACCUGCGAAAAACAACCGAAAAGAAGCCCCCUACCAAAGAGACCAUAGCCAAGCUGCAGCAGUCAGAGAUCUGGAAAAUCGAAAAUGAGUUUUACGAGUUUGCUCUUGAACAGUUUCAGUUUGCACGUGCACAUGCUGUUAGGGAAAAAGAUGGAGAACUCUACAUCCUUUCACAGAGCUUCUUCUAUGAAAAAAUCUAUCCCAAAGUGAACUAAGGCAUAGUCAGAGGAAACAACAAGGUGGCCAAAGCCACAGGAAGCUUAUGAGGUCUUCAUUUAAAGUUAUAUACACUGGGAAGAAGACGGGCACAUGGGAAUCAACGUAUGUCAAGUGAUGUUAAUUCUACAAAGAGCUUUGCUUGAAUCACUGCAUGGAGGAAAGUUUUGCUGGGGCUCAAAAAUUCAGCGACUCUUGUGUGAUGCAGCAAAGCCCUAACCAAGACUCAACGAUGGCCUUCACUCAAAAUUUGCACUCUGGCCGUUUGGCUUUCACACUAAAUAGCUUAUUACAAUGGCAUGAUGAUGCAUUUUAAAUGCAUAAAAUGACAUGAUUGGAAUAUUAUUAUUUUUUUCAAAAAUUGUCUAAAAUUCUGUGAUAUUAUUACUGGUCCAGCAGACGUGACAGCUUUCCUUUUUGUAAAGAAACCGUCAAGCUACAAUAAGCAGUGCAAUAUUAGAGCACAUUUUAAAUACUUGGAAAAACAACAUACUAGAAGCAUUUGAUUCACCCUGUUACAAGUCAUGUCUUUGCUUUUAUGGUGGACUCUCAACUUGAAUGAACUUAAACCUGUUGAAAUAAUUUUAAACCAUACUUUUUUUUUUUACCUAAUUCAUUCCCCCAGCAAGUUUUAUAAGGGCAUAUUGUCUGCUGGAUUAGGAAGUGUAAGAUAGCCGUGGUAUAUUAUUUUGUUUUCUUUAUUUUAUUUGGGGUGUAUCAGUAAUUGUUUACAAACUACAGAAAGGAUGAUUGAAAAGAAAAAACAAAAACAAAUCAGCAUGUGUGCAUACCAUGCAUCCCUGUCCUUGGACCAAAUUAUGAAGAAAAUAUACUCAAACCUUGCAUCCUUUGGUGCGUGACCUUAACAAUAAUAUGUCUAUAAUAAUAAGUUUUGUAUCCAGCACAGGUGUUCUCAAUUUUUAGAAAAAAUAUUACAUUGUGUCAGUAUUUUAUCAUACACACAGGCAUACGUUCAUCAGUGUCUUCGAUAUAGCUGACAAUAACUUCUUCUCUUUUUUUUCUCCAUUUUGUAUUCUAUGAAACAAACAUGGCAGCAGCAUUGAGUCAGAGAAAUGAGAAUCGAAUUGAAUGUCUGAAAACAGGGUUUACAAGUAUAACAUUUACAUAGUUGUGACUUUGUUCUGUGUUUGGUCACAGGGUCAUGUUCAGCAGGGUGGUGGUAUGAGAAUUGACAGUGCCUUCACUGCAACGUGCACGGAUGAGCCAAAACAUUAUGACCGCCUGCCUAAUAUGCUGUUGGUCUUCUCCUGUCGAGGCAUGGACUCUACAAGAGCCCUGAAGGUUUCCUGUGGUAUCUUGCACCAAACAUUAGCAGCAAAUCCUUCAAGUCCUAUAAUUUGCGAGGUGGACCCGCCAUGGAUUGGACUUGUCGGUCCAGCACAUACCACAGAUGUUCAAUUGGAUUUAGAUCUGGAAAAUUUGGAGGCCAGAGCAACAUCUUGAACACUUCAUCAUAUUCCUCAAACCAUUUCCGAACAAUGUGUGCAGUCUGGCAGGGCACAUUAUCCUACUGAAAGAGGCCACUGCCAUCAGGAAAUACCAUUGCCAUAAAGGGAUGUACCUGGUCUGCAAUGAUGUUUAGGUAGGUGGCACAAGUCAAAUUGACGUCCACAUGAAUGGCUUGACCCAGGGUUUCCCAGCAGAACAUUGCCCAGAGCAUCACACUCCCUCCACCAGCUUGUCUUCCCACAGUGUGUCCUGGUACCAUCACUUCCCCAGGUAAACGGCACACAAAUACAUGGCCAUGUACAUGAUCUAAAAGAAAACGGGACUCAUCAGACCAGACGGCCUUCUUCCACUGCUCUAAGGUCCAGUUCCUAUGCUUGCAUGCCCAUUGUAGAUGCUUGUGGCGGUGUACAGGGGUCAUCAUGGACACUCUGACCAGUCUGUGGCAACACAGCCCCAUUUGCAACAGGGUGUAAUGCGCUGUGUGUUAUGACACAUUCCUCCCAUAACUAUCAUUAAAAUGUUCUGUGACUUGUGCCACAGUAGACCUUCUGUCAGUUCGGGCCAGACGGGAUAGCCUAGUGGUUUGUCCCUCCUCGGACCGCUGUCAGUAGGUACUCACCAGUGCUGACCGAGAGCAUCCCGCAAGCCUUGUCAUUUCAGAGAUGCUCUGACCCAGUUGUCUGGCCAUAACAAUUUGGCCCUUGUCAAAGUUGCUCGGGUCUUUCCUCCUACCCAUUUCUCCGUGUCUCCAACACGUUGACUACGAGAACUGAUUGUUCGGUUACCAUCUAAUCUACACAAACCUUGACAUGUGCCGUUGUUUAGAGAUGAUCAGCGCUGUUCGGUUCACCUGUGACUGGUCAUAAUGUUUUGGCUCAUUGGUGUAUAGUGAACGCAGUAUUUUUUAUUGGAUUUUUUUAAUCAAUAUGUAGAUAAUCCCAACCCAUGGCAGCAUUUUCAUUUUUUUAGUUAUGUAUUACGUUUACAUGCCAGUUCAAUUUUUAAUGAAAUUUUCCUUCACUCCAACAACCAACCUAAACAAAUGCUUAUCUGCAAGUGACCUGCCUGAUUUUCUUCCAUUGUAACCACUACCAGCAUUAUCCAGUGUUUAAUACUGUAUGUCACCUAACCAACAUGCAUGGUUGCCAGAUGAAUCAAGUGAUGUAAAAUAAUUUCAUCUUAAUACAGAUUGUUCUGAUACUUGAAUUGGCAUAAGUGGGGUCUGUUCAUUUUGCUGAUUUUUUAAAAAAAAAUUUUUAAUUUGUUCAUUUGUCUG